AUGUAUGCCCAAGCAGUCGCAAGACGCAGUCCACAAUGUCUGAAUAUCAAAGAUUCGCUCGUGGGCCUUGUCUACAAAUACUCAACUGCCGUGCCUUCUAGAAACGCAAACCCCGUGUCUACUUCAAGACCAAUUGACCCACGAUGGCUUUCGGAUACGAAGCAGAGGGUCGGAAAGUGUAUCACUUUUGGUCUUCCCUCGAAACAGCUUGUUGAGGCUAGCAGCAUCUUACAACAACUUGCUUCGGAUUGGACGGAGCUGCUGAUGGGUAGCGAGGGAUACUUGACUGCUCCAGGCAGAGUUGGACUUGAGAAACAAGCAGUCGUAUGGGGUGAAAUGCCAAUGACUUGGCCAGAUCGAAUAUCAGUCUUUCACAAACUGAGAUUCAGACCAGACGAAAGUACGGAGUCAAUCAUUCUCGACGUGGUGAUACUUUCGGAGAGUAAACAACGGCCGGCAGCGCGAUGUUUAGAAGACGUUGUUGUGUACGAUUACCGCACGAGCAGAAGAACCACGCUGCCGCCCUUCAUGCUUGAUCAAUUCCAACGGACAUUUGAGUUGCAGGAGACGGCAAGAUUUGAGAAUGAGAGCAAGAUCCAUCAUUUACUCAACAGAGUACGAGAUAUAGAACGCAACACUUGGGAUAGACCAGACGCGCGGGAAGACUUGGGAAGUGCGAGAUCAUGA